AUGUUAUUUGCAAGUGUUUUACAGAAAAACAAAAAGAAAAAGAAAGUUAAAACUAAGAAAAUAGUUCCAAUAACAACAAUUGAUUUAAAAAUGUGCAGAAUUUGCAAUGAAGAAAAAGGUGAAAUCCCAAUAUUCGAUAAUUUUACUCAUCCACAUAUACCAGAAGAGAUUAAACAUUUUUCAGGAGUAUCUAUGAAUAGAGCAGAUGAUUUGCCUAAACUUAUGUGUCAAAACUGUUUAGACCUUUUGAAUGGAUGUAUUGUUUUUAGGGAUAUGUGCCAAACAAAUAACAAACUGAUGAUAGAACUUACUAUAAAAAAAGAAGCAGAAAUUAAUAAUGAAGAAGAAAAUGCUCAUUACAGUGAUGACUCAUUUAACAUUCCAUCCCCAACUUUUUCGGAAGAUAAUUCAGAGAUAUGGGGAUGCACAACAUGUAACAAAGAAUUUUUUGAUAUGGGGACAUAUAAUAUGCAUUUACCAGAAUGCAAUAGACAAAUAACUGAUGUGCCUAAGCCUCAAGAUAAGAAAAGCAAAAAGAAUUUUUUAUGUGAUAUUUGUGGAAAAACCACCAAUUCCAAUGCCAAUCUUUUAAUUCAUAUGGGUAUACACGAAAAUGUAUUUCCAUUUAAAUGUGAAGAGUGCCCAUACCAAGGGAGAACAAUGGAUCUGUUGAAAGUGCACAAGAGAACACAUAUGGCCGACAAGCCUUUCAAGUGCACUCAGUGUCCAAAGUCAACAACGACAUCUAGUAAUUUAGCAAAACAUAUGAGGCAUGUACAUAGUACUACUAGACCCUAUAAGUGUACUUAUUGUGAUAAGGCUUUUUCAUACCAACACGACAUGAAAAGGCAUAUACGAGACAUACAUCUUAGACAAGGCACGGUGGAAUGCGAUGUGUGUUUCAAAAAAUUUAAUACUAAGAAAAUAUUACAAGGACAUCGAUGGAAAAUCCAUAAAAUCAAAGGGGAGAGACAUGGACGCCUACCGUCGUAUUUACAAUGUCAACAAGAGGAACAGACUGAUAAUAAAUCUAAUGAAUGCGAGUCAAUAUACCAA